CCUCGCUGCAUCCCUCCCUGCAUCCCUUGCUCAGCACAGAUAAACAGUGAGAGCUCACCUUCUGAAGUUGCACUCAUGCUCCGACCAAAGGACUUGUGCCAAGGCUCGGGCACCAAGACGUUCCUCGAUGCCAUGCAUGGCGGCAAGGUGCACCUGGCACGAUUCGUCCUGGACGCCUUGGAUGGGCGCAUCAUCAACUCCAAGACGGAGAACAGCCGCACCCCUCUGAUGUUCGCCGUGUCCCUGCCGGAGGCUGGACCAAGGUUGAAGUUCAUGCGGCUGUUGCUGGAGAAAGGGGCGGACGUCAACUGCCAGGACGAGCACGGGCGCACUCCACUGAGCCUCGCCUGUGAGCUGGGGCACCUGGACUCCGUCAAGCUCCUGGUGCAGUUCAACGCUGACCCCGAGAUCUCUGACGUCUGGGGAAACAAUGCCCUAAUGUAUGCUGCCUACGCGGGCCACAGCCAGGUGCUCGAGUUCCUAGUCCGGGCGUUUAAGAGGCUGGGCCUGCAACUCGACCAGACCAACCGGGCAGGGCAGUCUGCAAUUCAGGUUGCCGAUUUUUAUGGACACAACCUGUGUGUUGAAGCCCUGAAUAUCCCGUGGAAGCGGUGCUCAGGUUUGGAUAAUUCUCUUGUGGACGCCUACCUUGGGAGGGACGUUGGAGGAGACCAGCGGCGACCGAACAGACUAUCGAAGCAGGUCCUGGAGAAGUUCACCCAGCAGUUCCACAGCAAGUGUGAGGACCACUUGCCUGCGGUGUUUCAGAGGCAGCUGAGGGUUGGGGAGGGCGGCGGUGUCAGGAGACGACAAAAAGGUCCCAACCAGUCUCCAGACGGGAACGGACAACACCAGUUCAAUCAUUCGCAAAAGCUUUUCAGCAUGGAUGACCAGGAUACUGUUUUCACAGCCAGGCAAAUACAAAACAGCAAGCAGUGGGACAAGAGAGGGGGGGCUAAAACACAGGAACAGCAUCCACUGUCAUGCCAGGAAGAUGGGAACAAAGCCAGAGAAAAUAAACAGCGGGCCCAGGAGACAGGUCCAGUAUUGGGUAAAGCAAAGUCCUUCAACCUAGACCAUCUGACACGAAGAAAACAGUCAUACCAGGACGAUAUGUCUGAUGCAUCUCAUUCCACUGUUAGAAUAAAGAGAGGGUCGUUGCAGGAUGAUCAAGCGCUGAUGAGGAAGAAUCAGGAAGACACAGAAUUUAAGAAGCGCUCUAGCCUACCCCAGAAUGGGCGCCAGGACAAAAUCCUCUACCAUAGAGAGGAAAUUGCGCCAGGGAGGAUCCCGCUGCGUCCCCCAGGAUUCACCGGACUGGGAACGAGAUUACUGCGGCGAUUUACGGCUCCCGAAUUUCUGAGACUGGUAAAGGACUUUCCCUCCGACUCAGAACAUGGAAGAGGGAAGAUAUCUCGGUCCGAGACAUUCCCUCUUACGUCUACACACCUGAAAGUCAACAGUCAGCCGAGCGUUGACAGUAUCAGUGGAGUGACCUGUGAAUUUGAAAGCAAUGGCGCACGUCGUCUUGCUCUCGUUUAAGGGGAAAACCUUUUUACAUUAGAAAAUCAAACAUGUAACCGCUUUUGCAUCGUACCAAAUUUUAUUAUUUGCUUUUGGCAGUGUCCUAAAUAACUGGUCGUAUUAAUACAAAACCGUUUAAAUAAUAUUUGUUUCGUGUAAAGAAAGCUAUAUCCUGUAUAACUUAUUUUAACUUAUGAAACGCUCCGAUUAUUAUGACAAAAAACUGUAUGCCACUGGCAUUUAUAAACAUCUGUACUGUGGUUUGACAUAGGCUACGUCCUGUUUUCUUAUGUGCACUUUUUCUGAUGUAUCGAACGCAUUAUUACCAUACAUGUUAUCUUAAUGUAAAUAUAUGACAUUUAAUUUAGCCUACUGAUACCGCACUUUCUUUGCUACAAUUUCUGUCCGAGGGAAUGCAUUAAAGAAACAACAUAUUUCUGCAUAA